AUGGCGACCGUUCCUCCGCCGCCUAGCAAACGCCAGAAGACGGCAGCGGCAGCCCGCGCUCGCGAACAGGCAGAGGUUCCCUCAAUUCCCUCAGGCAGCGUCCGCGUCAGAUUCGUCGACCAGGCUACCGGACAAUCUGGCGACCUCCCGGUUGUGUCCGUCCCUCUCGGACAGGCCCAGGUCAAAAAUCUCGAAACCCUGCUCAACACGCUGCAGGGCAACGAGGACGCCAGGGACCGCCUUCCGUACCGCUUCUUUUACGCCGGCCAGGGUGGGCAGGACAUAAAGGAGGGCGAACGAGGCGAGGCGUUGGGAGAUGGCGCUGACUUAUGGAACGCCCUGAUCAAGGAUGGCAAGGCCACCACUGAGGAGGAGAUCGUUCUGGCCUAUGCACCCCAGGCUGUCUUCAAGGUGCGAGCUGUCUCGCGGUGCGCGGCCGCGAUAACUGGCCACGGUCAACCCAUCCUGGCCACCCAAUUCUCCCCGCAGAGUAGCUCGCGCAUGGUCAGUGGUAGUGGAGACGGCACGGCGCGGAUCUGGGACUGCGACACGAACACCCCCGCACACACUCUGAAGGGCCACACGAGCUGGGUGCUGGUCGUUACCUGGUCACCUGCUGGAGACCUCAUUGCCACGGGCUCCAUGGACAAUACCGUGCGGCUGUGGAGUCCGAAGACCGGCGAGCCGCUGGGAGGUGCUAUGAAGGGCCAUACCAAAUGGGUGACCAGUCUGGCGUGGGAGCCCUACCAUCUGCAAGAACCGGGCCGCCCACGGAUCGCCUCUUCCUCCAAGGAUGCUACCGUGCGCAUCUGGGAUGUCGUGGCGAGAAAGUCAGACAUCGUCCUCUCUGGACACAAGGGCACUGUUAGCUGUGUCAAAUGGGGAGGUACAGGCCUGCUGUAUACUGCGUCACACGACAAAACAAUCAAGGUAUGGAAUGCCGCGGACGGCACUCUCAGGCACACCUUGAACGCCCAUGCCCACUGGGUGAAUCAUCUGGCCCUGUCCACCGACUUCGUCCUUCGCACCGCAUACCACGAGCAUGGCCCGCACGACAAGCCUUCCUCCGAGGAGGAGCGAUUGGCGUUUGCGAGGAGGCGCUUUGAGAAGGCUGCCACCCUCUCUGGCAGGGUUGUGGAACGCCUGGUCUCCGCUAGCGACGAUUUCACCAUGUACCUAUGGGAACCUUCUUCGAGCACAAAGCCACUUGCAAGGCUACAAGGCCACCAAAAGCAGGUCAAUCAUGUCACUUUCUCGCCCGAUGGACUGUACAUUGCCUCUGCAGCAUUUGACAAUCAUGUGAAGCUAUGGAACGCAAAUACCGGGGCGUUCAUUACGACCCUGCGCGGACACGUCGCACCCGUCUACCAGUGUUGUUUUAGCCCAGACAGUCGAUUGUUGGUUAGUGCUAGCAAAGACACUACUUUGAAGGCCUGGGAUGUGAGGACCGGCAAAAUUGCAAACGAUUUGCCUGGCCACCAGGAUGAGGUCUAUGCGGUUGACUGGAGUCCGGACGGAAGGGGGGUGGGCAGUGGAGGAAAAGAUAAGGCAGUGAGGAUCUGGAGACAUUAG